AUGUCAGCGGGAAGUGCCGCUGCUAAAAAGCUCUCUGUUGAAGAGAGGCUUUCUUUAGCAGCACGAGGAAAAACACGCAAAAAGGGCAAGAGACUUGACUCUCCAUCCCCAGCGGCACCUGUGCUUGAUACGGAAGCUGAAAUCGAAAAUGUUGCUUCAAAAGAAGAGAAAACCACUACCCCUACCUCAAUUGAGCCUCAGAAGCAAUCUGGUGAUCGCCGGCGCUCACAAUUGGACCCUGAGUACUUGCAGGAACUCACAGGAAUAUUGCACACACACUACCUUGAACUUUCUGUUGACGAAUUACUGAUAGCUUUGAGGCCUCAUCUUACAGUAUCAGAUUCGCGGACCAAGGACACCAGCCUGGCCAGGCUGAUUAAGGAAAAGGACUCGAUCAUCGCCGAUCUUCGCAAAGAGGGCGAAAAUCUAUCUAAACUCGAACUAAGACACAACAGUACCAUCAGGGGGCUUCGAGAUAAGUUGAAGGAUGCAGAGUAUGAUCUGGAAAGAAAAAUGGAAGACACAGAACGCAGAAAAAGCGAAGCUAAUUCAUUGUCUCAAGCGCUGGCUAGUUUGGAAAGUAGACACAAGGAAGUUAAUGAACAGCUCGCCGAAGCCUUACAGGAACGAGACAAUAUGAAAGCCCAGAAUGAGACGCUUGAGAAGGGCCAGUUGUUGCAACUACAGGAACAAGUUAGUGUUGAUCAGAAGACUAUCAAAUCGCUGGAGUCACAGCUGCAAAGGGCGCGAGACCACUUGGAAACAAUGACAAUGAAGGCAGAUUCAAAGUAUCAAAGCUUGGAAGAAGCAUCAAAUGAAGAAAUUGCGCGGCUUGAAACCACUUUGGAAGAAACAAGAAUACGAUUAAGCCAUUUUUCCACCAAAUCAGAGCCACAUACAGAUUCACUGCAAUUAGCUGAGAGGCACGGGCAUCUCGAAAAGGAACUUGAAACAAGUCGUCAAAAAUGGUACAAACUCGAGUCGUCGCUUCGCCAGGAACUGUACGAGGCUGAGAAUAAGAUACGCGAGUCGUCAAAAGUAAGCGCUCAUAACCACGAAAGCCUGGAAGCAGCCCGUGAAGAAAUAAUAAGCCUGAAAUUGAAAGUCAAAGCUUCAGGAAUGAAUGAAGAGGCGCUGAAAAGUGAAUUGAAAACACUUAGCGCUGAGCUCGAAGAGCUAAGGAAUUCUCUAACAAAUGCACAAGAGGAAAUAAAGCUUUGGCAAGAGAAAUACAGGGUUCGGAAAUCGGAACUAGAUACGAUAUUACACAAUGCCAGCGCUAGAGAAGGCUUCAGUGCAAAAUCAGAAGUAGACCUUCCGGACAGAGAGGUGACACCCACAACUCUUGAAGAUCUCGAUAAAGUAUCCAAUUGGGAGCUUCACAACCUACGGACACUCGAUGUUUCUUGCAAUGGGAACCAAGGCCCCUCCAGUGUAAAAUCUCAAUAUGACUUUGACGAAUUGUUACCCAGCGACGAGCUCGAUUUAUCUAGCUCGCUAAGAAAGGGUAGCAUAAAAUCCCUGGACUGCACUCCUUCAAGACAGCUGAACAAUACGGUUCAAGAACAACAGAAUACCCAGUUGAACGCUCAAAUGAUAGGUAGACUGGGUGGUCAGAUUAGAAGGCUCGAAACAGAGCUCACAUCAUUGGAAGGGUCUCAUGAUAAGCUGUUAAAGGAAAAGCAGACGGUGAAUGACACAGUAUUUAGACUCAUGGAAGAAAACAAAUGCGUUACAGAGAUCAAGAACCAGCUCAAAGAAUCUUCAGAGCUUAAAAAUGAACUGGAAGAGAAACUGCAGGAGACUACACGACUUUUAGCAGAGCGUACAGAGAGGGUAGAGGAAUUAGAGAACGACGUUGGUGACCUCAAGGAAUUGAUGCAGAUGCAGGUGCAACAGUUAGUGGAACUACAAGAACUUGUAAGGUAA